GAGAAGUUAAGAAGAGCUGGCUGUUUCUACUAAUCGUCAGGCAUAAAGUACACACAUUCUAAACUUUCUGAAAAUGGUUGUCACCUUCCUUGUACUGUUCGGGCUUGCUUCUGAGCUCCUUGCCCUGCAGUGGGUUUCCAGGACACUUCCAUGCGAAGUCACUGUGAAGAGCAAUAAUACUUCAAUACUUUUCGACUGUAGUGCUCGACGACUCAUCCAAGUGCCUAAUGAAAUUAACAGGAAUGCCACUAGCCUGAAACUUUCAGAAAAUAGAAUACAUCAAAUUUCAAAUCAGUCCUUCUACAAUUUGAGAAAUCUUACAUUCAUUGACCUUAACUGGAACCAUCACACAGGAGGGAUUUAUAUUGCAAACAGGACAUUCUUUUCCUUGACAAGACUACAGGUAUUACUUUUAGAUGGAAAUUUGCUUUGGAAAGUACCAGAAGGUCUCCCACCUGGACUGAAAAUUCUAAGUCUAAAUGCAAACCACAUUUUUAACAUCACUAAUGAGGACUUCACUGGUGUGCCAAAUGUAACUGAGAUUCAUUUGGACAAAAACUGUUACUAUGGUAACCCUUGCAAUAUUUCUUUCUCUAUUGAGAAAGGAAGCUUUUCACAUCUUACUAGUUUGAAAGUGUUAUCAUUGAACUAUAACAACCUAUCCCACGUACCCCAAAAUCUGCCAACGUCUUUAGUGAAACUAUAUUUAAGUUUGAAUAAAAUACAGCAUGUUGAUCAAUAUGACUUCCAGAACUUAACUGAACUUCAAGUUCUUGACUUAUCUGGCAAUUGCCCCAGGUGUACUAAUGCCCCAUUUCCUUGUGAAGUUUGUAAGAAUCCUGCCUCAGUUGAAGUACAUCCUUAUGCUUUUCAGAACCUUCGGAAACUGGAAGAACUAAGCCUUUCUGGUAACUCUCUCCGUAUAUUGAACAGCAACUUGUUCCAAAACUGCUCAAACCUAAAAUUUUUACAUCUUUCCUUCAACUACUUAGUCAGUGAAAUAGCUAGAGGACACUUUCUCAGUAAUUUACCACACCUGGAAGUGAUCGAUUUAUCCUUUAACUUUGAAGAAAAGUCCUAUCCCAAUAGCAUCUGUCUUUCGGAAAACUUUUCAAAACUAACGUCCCUCAGAGCCUUACACAUUGAAGCCUAUGUGUUCCAAACCAUUGUUAAAGGUUCUCUGGACCCUCUCAAAAACCUAAAAAAUCUGUCGGUGCUGAACAUGGGUACAAACUUUCUUAAGCAUGUAAACUUUGUCGAGUUUCAAAAAUUCUUUAACCUGUCAUUGAUAUAUUUGUCAGAAAACAGACUGACAUCCCAAUCCAGUCCAAAUGAAAGCAUGUAUGAUAAGGUUAGUGAUGAGAAGGUUUUAUAUAAAGUAGAAGGUUACAAGCAUGACAUGAAUGGUCACAUUGUGCACAGGGAUAAGGACUAUCGCUUUUCAAACCCACAUGUUAAGCAGGAGUGCCUUGUCUAUGGUCAGGCAUUGGAUCUCAGUAAAAACAAUAUUUUUUUCAUUUCCCCCAAGCAGUUCCAAGGCUUUGAGAAAACCACAUGUUUAAAUCUGUCUAAAAAUGCUAUUGGUGAUGCCUUGAAUGGCACUGAGUUUAUCCACCUUCCUAACCUCAAGUACUUGGAUCUGACUUAUAAUAAGAUUGACCUGGCCUAUGACUAUGCUUUUGCAGAGUUACAGCAACUGGAGGUGUUGGAUCUAAGCUACAAUUUGCAUUAUUUUGUUGUGGCAGGAGUCACCCACAAUCUGAGUUUUCUAAAAAACCUUCAGUUUUUAAAAGUGCUUAACUUGAGUGGGAAUGAAAUUUAUACUUUAACAAACAAGGAGCUGAUCAGCAAAUCCCUAAAAGAGCUGCAAUUCCAAGGCAACCGACUCGAUAUCUUAUGGAAGGGAGAUGACAACAGGUAUAUCACACUCUUCAAAAAUCUUUUGAAUUUAACAUAUCUUGAUAUAUCCUACAAUAGACUUAAAAGAAUACCAUCCAACGUGUAUUGUAGUUUGCCAUCCAACUUAACUGAGCUCUAUUUAAUUGGUAAUGGCCUCCAGUUUUUUGACUGGGAGAAGCUCACUUAUUUUAACCAACUUGAGGUUCUAGCUCUUAGAGACAAUAGUUUGACAUACGUCACUGAGAAGCUCAGCAGUUACACAAAUACUCUUAGGACACUUGACCUGAGUCAUAACAAGAUUACUCAGCUCUCUGAUGGCUUUCUCCAACAAGCAAGUAGCCUUCAGCACCUUUAUUUAAGUCACAACCACCUGAAGCUUAUAAACCAGUCAACCUUCCUAUCUGGGCCAAACAAUUAUCUGAAAAGAUUACAUCUGGAAGGAAACCCAUUUCAGUGCACCUGUGAUAUUUUGGAUUUCAUUUUGUGGAUAAAAUCAAACGAUGUUGCUAUACCACGUCUGGCCACAGAUGUCAACUGUGCAACGCCUGAAGAUCGAAAAGGAAAGGGCAUCAUAACCUUUGAGCUUUCUGAAUGUGAAAACGACAUCACAUCAGCCAUAUUGUGUUUGUUUUCAUUCUUUGUUAUUACGCUCACGAUGGCGGUAGCUGUUAUAAAACAUUUAUUUUACUGGGAUGCUUGGUAUUUUUAUCAUUAUUUUAAGGCAAAGGUGAGGGGCUACCGAUCCCUUGAAUCAACAGAUAAUGUCUUUGAUGCCUUUAUUACAUAUGAUACCAAAGAUCCAGUCGUAUCAGACUGGGUUCUGAAUAAUCUCCGAAUCAAGUUAGAGGACAAGGGAGACAAGGCUUUGCUAAUAUGUUUAGAAGAAAGGGACUGGCAGCCAGGGGUACCUGUCAUAGACAACCUUUCUCAAAGUAUCCGACAGAGCAGGAAGACUGUAUUUGUGCUGACUGACAGCUAUGCGAAGAGUGGGAACUUUAGAAUAGCCUUUUACAUGGCGCACCAAAGACUAAUGGAUGACAAUGUGGAUGUGAUUGUGCUCGUUUUACUGGAGCCUGUGUUACAGCAUUCUCGGUUUCUGAGGUUAAGGAAAAGGUUAUGCAGAAGCUCCAUUUUGGAAUGGCCAACAAACCCCCAUGCUGAAGUCUGGUUUUGGCAAUGCCUGAGAAAUGUGAUCAAAGUGGACAAUUGUGUGCUGUAUAACAAUCUCUAUUCAGGUUACUUCACGGCUCAGUAAGUUUGUAGAUUCCUGAGUAUGUCACACCCUCUGAAUGAUACAGUGGAAACUCACAGGAAGUAUGCAUGUAACUUUGAAAAUCCAUUUUUCUGUUAUUGAUUUAUGUCUUAUAUUUCAGUUUUUCAGCUGGGGAAAAAAAAUAAUAUAUACUUGUACUGUAAAUCAGUCUGUAAAAAACUAGUCAUUGGCAGAAUCAGGUCCAAAUAAUGUUUGUUCUUAAGCAUUUAACCAUAACCUGACUUUGAAUCCAAAAGCCUAAAAUUAAAAUAUCAAACCAGUACCAAUUGCCCAGAAAGGCAAGACUGACGGCCAAAACCAAGCAAGUUAAAAUUGUGAUGCUUGCCUGCUUAUCUGUUUUCUCUUCUAAUAAAAUGUUGUUUAAAUCACGUGACUUGUCCUGACUGAAUAUUUGUAUUAUCUGUAUGUCUGUGUACAACUGCAUAAUGUGACAGGACAAACUAAAUAAAGUGGACAGACCAGCUUCAGAUUGCUAGUGUUUGGAAUGUAUAAAUGCAAACUACUGCAUGCACACAGGAAGGGAAUGUUGUUUAUGACUCUGUGUUAAAGUGAAUGUUUCUCUCUUAGCCAUAUUGUAUAUUGUUAUCAUUAACAUGUCAUAUAAGUUUCACUGUGGAGAUGAAAUUGGAGAAGUAAAUGCUUCCUGUUUGCAAGGAAAAGGAUAUGUUAACUCUGCAGUUUAUUUAAAGGAACGUGGGAAUAUUGCAUGCAUACAAACACACAUUAGUAUCACAGUAUAACUGCUUUAAAAUGAUAAGUUGACAACAUUGUCUAAUUUAUUUAUUUGCAA